CCAUGGUCACCCUGAAGUUAUUUACUUGCGUGCUCUUGAGAGCACAUGGAUUUGGAACCUGUUCCAUGGACAAGUAAUAAGACGAAACGUGUUGUGUAUUAUUUCCCGGAUUGGAUAAUAUUCCACUCGACCGUUCCCGAGUACAUCAGCUAUCGUAAUUCCAGAGAAGGCACUUACUUCAUUCAAUUGUUGUGCAAAGAGUUGGAUGUCCAUGGAGGUUCCAUGGAACUGCUGACCCUAUUGAACCGCGUUGCUCGAAACGUCAUGCAGACAACCGGGAUUCAAGUGCCACUCCUAGAAAUCGCCUCAUUUUCACCCUCCUACUUCCAAGAAACGAUUCAAGAUGCUCAUGCUUAAAGUCUUGAAAACAUUCACCACGGCGGCUCAAUUUCAGUGCAAGAGAGCUUUGUGUGCAAGUGGAGCCAUGUCCCAUUCCAAAUACGAGUAUGUGCGCCAGUAUGAAUCCGAUGACAAGUUGCUCCCCAAUUGCUGGAUCGUGAUUCGGAUCGAUGGGAAAGCCUUCCACAAAUUCUCCGAUGUUCAUCAGUUCCAAAAGCCCAACGAUAAACCCGCCUUGGAUCUCAUGAAUCGAUGUGCCGAGCGGGUUUUAGACCAAUUCCGGGACGUGCUCCUGGCCUACGGUCAGAGUGAUGAAUACAGUUUUGUUUUCCGAAAAGACACCGUGCUCUAUAAUCGACGAGCAUCCAAACUCAUGACCAAUAUCGUCAGCCAGUUCGGCUCGAGUUAUGUGUUCUAUUGGAAGGACUUCUUCCCAGAAAAGCAACUCAAAUUUCCGCCAGUAUUCGAUGCUCGCGCAGUGCUUUAUCCCACCAAUCUGACCUUACGAGAUUAUUUGAGUUGGCGACAAGUGGAUUGUCAUAUCAACAACUUGUACAACACCACUUUUUGGAACCUCGUUUUGAAAGGUGGUCUGACAAAUCAACAAGCCCAGGAGAAGCUCAAGGGAACCUUUGCUGCAGACAAGAAUGAGAUCUUGUUCUCUCAAUUCGGAAUCAACUACAACAACGAACGCGACCAAUUCAAGAAGGGUACAACCAUUUAUCGUGAAAGAGUCGAGGUACCGAUGGAAAAUGGCCAAAUCAAAAUCCGCAGUAAAAUUACCGCGACUCAUUGUGACAUUAUUGGCGAUGGUUUUUGGGAAGAUCAUACGUAUUUGUUGGAUCCGUACAAGGACGCAUGAAUGAUUGAAUGGAAAAGUGUGAAAUAUUCAGUUAUGCAGAGUAUUUAACGUGGUUUUAUUGGUUUUUCUAGCAAUUUUGAAAAUUUACAACAGGGGUACGCAAUGGCUGUGUGCCGUAUGUGUUUAUUUAUAUAGAUAAAAUAUUCCACCCAAAACGAUGGUUUCGUAAGAGUCGAGUUUGUCGGUUCGUCUGUCGAUUUUGGUUUUGAUUGAACAAUUGAAAUAGCCAUGGUGGAUUGGAACAUCCUGGUAUUUGUUGGACAUUAAAAAUUAAGAGGAAACUCCUAUGGAGGGGGGCGAGUGUCCUGUCAUGAUUUGUCCUCGUUAAUUGUGUGGUUGAUAUCUAACCAUUCAAUGUUUGUCGACUUGUUUUUCAAGUUUCAUUUCUCCCCACAGUAGUCAAAGUACAGUAUACAACAGAAGAAGCUCUAUUUGGGUCGGAUUCAAUCUGAUAAUAAUGCCAUAGGUUACAAAUUUUGCAAUUUCUUUUCCUCGUCAAAAAUUCCUAAAUGAUCAUGUUGGUCGUUUUCUUCUUCAUAGAGCUUCUCGCCAUCAUCCUCAAAAUGAGGACGAUUGAAGGAGCUGUCGGGCAAUUUUUGGGAGCGUUGAUAUUGGUCAUUCCGAUCAAAAUGAGAGAGCAUGAUGGUGUCGUGUUGGUGUUGUUGAUUUGGCUGUUGCAGUCUCUUCUAGGGCGGCAAUAACAGCAACAAGGGCUACGAUUAAUUACGGUAAUAAUGAUUGCGGUGAUCUGUCUUAAAAUGAUAAGCUUGUUGAGAAACUCGUGGAGUAAAAAAACCAUCCGAUGAUUCUUCAGAUACUAGCCGAGACGUCUGAACGAGCUUCGGCUGAGAUUUUGGUGAGGAUUGUUUUGGUUUUGUU